AUGGCAACGACACAGGAAUUAUAUGUGUGUUUACUGUUGGUAGCUAGUAUUUAUAACAUCAAUGCGGAGUUGCAGCCUGAACCACCAGAAGAAGCUGAGACACCUGGUGCAUUAGAAUCCGAUAUUAUUUUGACAGAGAAACAAAGAACAUCAAUUGAACAGCAAAUAGAAGAAUUCAACAAUGGUGGAGGCAUUAGAAAAGCACAUGCUGACUUGGCAAGGCGGUGGCCAAAUGGUGUUGUGCCUUAUGUGAUAUCUGCUCAAAGAUACGCAAAAGUUGGAUGCUUUGCUGAUGUAACUACAGACAGGGCCAUACCAACUCUUGAGGGAACAGACUCACGACUUGAUGGUUCAUAUCACACUCGAACAAAUCCAUUACAAAAAUGUGCCGAUGUAAGCAGUGAUAAAGAUUUUAAAAUAUUUGCUCUGCAAAAUGGAGGUUGGUGUGCAUCGAGCAGUGAUGCGACAUCAACAUUUGCUAAAUAUGGCGUUUCUCAAGCUUGCAAUGCCGAUGGGGAAGGUGGACCAGGUGCCAAUGAUGUAUAUAUAUUCACUAAUGAUUUAGUAUAUACUAGUAUUGGCUGCUAUGGAGAUGCAGCAGUUCGAGCAAUACCAACUCUUGAAGGGACUGACAGCCGUUUGGACGGAGCCUAUGCAUCACGUGAAAACCCAAUCGAGAAGUGUUCACAGGUAGCUAGUGAUCUUGGUUACAAGGUAUUUGCAGUCCAGAAUGGUGGUUGGUGUGCAUCCAGUGCCACUGCCAUUGAUAGGUAUAAUAUGUACGGGACAUCUACGAAAUGUAAUAAAGAUGGGAAAGGUGGAGCAUACGCGAACGAAGUGUACAUAUUCUUCGACUAGGACAUGUUAUGGUGUAUUGGAGGCCGUAGUUCAGAGUAAAUAAUUCUACAUCCACAAAUACUUGUUAAGC